AUAAUCCGCCAAUUUUUAUACACGUCUUUUUCUCUCUCUAAAACGUUUCCCCUUCUCUCUCUUCGUUCUGCUCAAGUUUUUGCCCGAACCCAUCACGCUCUCUACAGCUGACUUACUUAUACGAUUUACCAUCUAAGUUUUGUGGCUAAAUUACCCGCUAAAAGGUACUUGUGCAAAAAGCAGCUGGUUCUGCCGUUAAUUCUUUCAAAACGACGUGGGUUAUGGGGUUUGGGUUGUGAUGAUUUCUUAGGGUUUUUGUUAGAUGGAUUCGACGGUGGAGAUUGAAUCUGGAAGAAGGUUGGUUGGUUUGGGUGAGAAGAGUCUGGCAGAAGGGGAUGUAGUGUUAUCGAAAGUGGAUCCCCUGGGCAAGAAGAGACUGGCGGAAGGGGAUGUGGGGCUAUCGAAAGAGGGUCCUCCGGCAAAGAGAAUUAAAAGAGGGGAAUUGAUUGGAAACAUGAAGAAGGUGGCUGAGACGGUGUUGGUGCUCGCGGCGAUGGGGAAAAUGAGGGGAGGAAGGGUGCCCACCGAGAUCGAGGAGAACUUGAUGGCGGAUGCCCGGGGCAGGUUGGCGAAGGUAUGCGAUGGUUUUGCACCUAAAGACGUGUUCCCGAGAGAUGCUUUUGGAGGUAUGAUUGAGGAUUUGGGACUAAAUAAGUUGAAAGAACAGAGGCUAGAAUUUCGUCCUCCCAAAAUAUCAAUUGCUGAAAAGUUGAUGCUUUCUAAAAGACAGAUGGAGAAAUUAGAGGAUUUCUCUGCAUCUACCCCACAUACUUCUAGACAUGCACAAAUGAAUUCUUCUGCAGCCCUUGAUAUCCGUGGUAAAUCACAUACUGCUCGAACAUCUCAGUUGGAUAAACCAAGUCAUGUGCGCAUGUCUUCUGGAAGUUUCCAAUCUGCUUCACCUUUAGGUCAUUUGAUUAAAGCAAAUUCUACAUCCUCGCCUUAUCAGCUUCCUAGUAGUGAGAUAAGACCUAUGGUUUCCAGUGCAUUACCCGCAAAUCAUUUGGGUCCUGCAUCAUUGCCUAGAGUUGAUGGGCCGCAUCCUAGAUUAGAUGGAAGAUCGGAUGGUUCUUCCCACCCAUCACAAGUUGAAGCAAAUUACUCUGCUAACUCAAGCUUCAGAACUCCAACUUGUUCAGUGCAAUCCCAACCUGUCUCAUCAGCUAAAAGUGGAAUGGAUGAUAAGGCUCCCAUAAAUAUGUCUGUUAAGAUUGAGGGAUCGGGUGCGGGAGUGGCUGCAUUUAGACCAAUUGUCAAUCAGACAACAAACACGCUUCCAAGCACACAGCAUGUACAAGGCUCUAACAUUCAGGCACCUACUGUAGGCAAGAGUCAUGCUGAUAUUUGUAAAAUUGUUCAGAAAGUAUUGCAUCCAUCGUUUUCAGAGCACUCUACUUGGAAUUCUCCUUCUAUUGAUUACAUGAACAAGGCUUUGACUUGUCAGAUGUGCAUGCAUACCCUAACUGAGGUAGACAGCAUACUUGUUUGUGAUGCCUGCGAGAAAGGGUUUCACUUAAGAUGCCUCCAGACAACUAAUCAAAAAGGAGUUCCUAGAGGGGAGUGGCAUUGCGGAAAAUGCUUGUUGCUAAGCAAUGGGAAACCGUUGCCCCCAAAAUAUGGUCGUGUCAUGAGAAACAUUAAUGCACCAAAAAUGUCUUCCAGUGCAGCAGCAGUUCCAUCAAGUUCAAAUAAGAAGGCUGCGGCUUCAGAUGAGCUCAGUCAGCCAAAGAUAAUGGUCAACGGGAACUCUUCAAUGCAGAAUGUACCUCCUGAUAGCAUUAGCGUUAAUAAUAGCCAUUUGUUGUCCAGACCAAGUGGACCAGUUACAGUAAAUGCUAAAGAAAUGCAAGGUAAUGAUAUUGACUCUAAUGGGGCAAACACUGAUGACCAAAUAUCUUCCAGAACUUGCCAAAAUAAUCUGAUGAAACCCUCCGGUGCCACUUGUGUUUCACUUACAAGCUCAUCAGGUGGAAAAUCAUGUGACAGUGAACUGGUUGAAUUAAAAUCAAAUGAUCCUGCAAAGUCAGAGACCAGUUUGUCCAUUGACUUACAAGCUCCUGGCAAUGCACAAGAUGGUACUGGAGUAAGUUUUCCAAGCAACGAAGCAAGCCUGCCAAAGAUAUCUUUUGAAAAUCAUGUUAUGCCUAUGGAUUCCAAAUGCUCUCAUGGCAUAGAAACUUCGAACUGUAAAUCAGAUCAACUAAAUGAACAGGAAGUUUUACAAGACAACCUUGCAGAAACUUUGACUGCCAUGGCUGGGAAUACGGAACAGGGUAGAUCUUCACCAGAUGGAUUGCAUGCUGUUGAUUGGAUUGGGGAUGCAAUUCAAGUUUCAGAUGAGAAAACAUAUUAUAAAUCUUGCUGCAUCAAUGGAAGUGUCCAUGAACUCCUGGAUUAUGUUCUUAUUCUCUUUGACAAUGACAAAUUAAUUCCUUCAAAACUUCAGGUCAUGUGGGAGGAUAAAAAUACUAGAAUGAAGUGGGUAUCAGUCAAUCGAUGUUACUUUCCUGGUGAUUUGCCUGAGUCCGUUGGCCGUCCAUGUGGCCUGGAAAGCAGUGAGGUUUAUGAGUCUACCCGUCUUAGCGAAAUAAUGGCUGGCUUAAUACAGAGCCCAUGCGAAGUCCUUCCUCCAAGAAAGUUUGCUGAAGAAAGCGAAAGGAGAGCUCGAUCAAGGACGCAGCCAAAUGAUCACUUGGAGCCACUUUAUCUGUGCAAAUGGAUUUAUGAUGAAUCAAAAGGGCUAUUUCGUGACAUUUCCUGUUAAUUAUGGAUUAGAAUACCAUUUUCACAAUGUUCUCCGUUCUAUUGCACUACCUUCUGCUCAAAUUUUGAUCAGGUCUCUUUGAUGCAGCAGAAUUCAGUUUCUGUAUUAGCUCUAGUUGUAGUCUAGUCUGUAUCAUUUCGCCACCAGGGAUGCUAAUAGGACCUUUUUUAGGGGCUCAUAAUUCAAAGGGUGUACAUAUUGUUGGAUGUAAAUGUGACAGGCCUGUCUUCUACCUUUGUUUUCUGAUUAUUUAAAAAGUGUUGGUAAAAUAAAAAGAUAUCAUUUUCGGCCAA